AUGGCUGCUUCUGCUUCUUCUUCUAGUUCUUCCCGGACUUACCAUGUGUACUUGAGUUUUAGAGGUGAAGAAACUCAUUUGAGUUACAUUCAUCCUCUUUGUAAGGCUCUGAAACAGAGAGGAAUCCGUGUUUUCAUGAACGAAGCUAUGGAGAAGGGAGAGAAUAUCGCUGAAUCAUUACUGCAAUCAAUUGAAGCAUCACAAAUUGCGUUGGUAAUUUUUUCUCAAAAUUAUGCUUCUUCCAAAUGGUGUCUGCAUGAGGUGGUGAAGAUAAUGGAGUGUAAAAGAAGUCAAGCUCUGGUGGUUAUGCCCAUAUUCUAUAAAGUAGAUCCAUCAGAUGUUCGUUUUCAGAGAGGCAAAUAUCGUAAAGCAAUGGAAGACUACGAGCAAGCGGGAACGGGGAGAGAUAAGCUUUUCUGGUGGAGGAAAGCACUCACAGAAAUUUCCGACCUUCCCGGCUUUUCUCACGAACACAGUGUUGACAGCGGGUCCGCAAGUGAGCAGCUUGAGGAAAUUGUUGAGAAAGUUUUAUCGUUGGUCAGGGAGCAUCCAAUGAGAAUAGAAUCACAAAUUCAUGAACCAAAAGUUGAUAAAUGGUUCCAUUAUGACGUGUUUUUGAGUUUCAGAGGUAAAGACACUCGUCACGGUUUCACUUCUACUCUUUAUAGGGCUCUAAGACGGUCAGGAAUCCACGCUUUCAUGGACGAUUCGGGGCUUGAAAGGGGAGAAGAGGUCUCUGCCUCAUUAAUGCAAGCAAUUGAAAGAUCACAAAUUAAUUUGGUAAUAUUUUCUCCAGAUUAUGCUUCUUCCAGUUGGUGUCUGGAUGAAUUGGUGAAGAUAAUGGAGUGUCGAAGAAGUCUAGCUCAGGUGGCUAUCCCCAUAUUCUAUGGAGUAGAGUCGUCUGACGUUCGUCAUCAGAGAGGCGCCUAUGGUAAAGCAAUGAAACGACACGAAGAAAGGUUGGGAAGUGAGAAUGAUGAGGUGAUGCGAUGGAGGGAGGCACUCAGGGCAGCUGCCAACAUUUCCGGCUUUGUCUUUUCAUGGUAA